AUGAGGGUACUUUGCCCGAAUUUCGACCGCGAAGAUGCAUUGGAAACUAUUUUUGAUGUACCAAUACCAGAGGAGAUGUUUACGAGCAUGGGAACUAGUGUUUCCCUACGAUGGCAAAACAUGGCGACAUGGAUGAAGGCUCAGACGUCGGAAAAAUGGACUUCUCCCGCCGUUGCUAAGAGUUAUAACGAGCUUAGUUUUUUGCUUUACGUAGUCGGGUCUCCUCUUCUUCCCCUUCAGAUUCAACUAGACGAUUCAAGUGCUCGCUCUAUUCGUAAUUCUUCUAUUGAAUCAUCAACAGCAAAAUAUAUAGUGCAACAAUACAUGGCCGCAAUCGGAGGACAACAGGCUUUAAAUUUGGUACAAAGUGUAUGUGCGAUCGGGCAAGUGAAGAUGAGUGCGUCGGAGUUUCACCAAGGUGAUGAGACCGUGAAGACGCGAAACAAGGAGGAGACGGGCGGAUUUGUUCUUUGGCAAAAGAAUCCAAAUCUAUGGUGUUUAGAGUUACUAGUUUCCGGUUGCAAGGUUAUUUCAGGAAGUAGUGGUAAGAUUUCUUGGAGACACUCUUCAAACCAACUAAGACCCGUUACCAAAGGUCCUCCUCGUCCUCUUCGUCGAUUUCUUCAGGGACUGGACCCAAGGUCCACAGGAGAUUUGUUUCUUCAAGCAGUAUGCAUAGGCGAAAAGAUCAUAAACGACGAGGAAUGCUUUAUACUAAAGCUCGAUACAAGCCAGUCUGAUCUCGAAGCACAUGCCAACCCGAAAUAUGAGAUCAUACAUCACACAAUCUGGGGUUACUUUAGCCAAAGAUCGGGUCUUCUAGUCAAGUUUGAGGACUCUAGAUUGCUCUCGGUUAAUGGUGACAAUGGGGACGGCAUUUUCUGGGAAACCAGCACAGAAUCAGUGAUCGAGGAUUAUAGAUAUGUCGAGGGUGUCAAUAUCGCACAUAGCGGGAAAACUUCUGUAACGAUUUUUAGAUAUGGAGAACAUUCAUCCAAUCAUAAGAGAGAGCUUGAAGAAAAAUGGAAGAUUGAGGAGGUUCAUUUUAAUGUUUUGGGAUUGAAUAAUGACUUCUUUAUGCCUCCUUCUGAGUUCAAAUAA